AUGGAGGACCAUCAUUAUCCUAUCGACUUCGCCCCGGCCCUUCAGCACCGCGACGAGAGCUCAGACUCCAUCGCGCACUCGUCUGAGGACCGUCCAUCGGAGUAUAUAUCCAUCACGAAGAUAAUUCCGUCGGAGUCCCAGCUCGUCGCCGAAUGCCUUCAGCGCAUGCAUCAGGACUUGACCGUCUUCGCUCUCAGCUUUUCUUCCGAACGGGCGCUAUCACAAUCCCGUGCCGAACGCGUGUCAGAGCUUGAGGCGAAGGUCUCCACGCUGUCGCUCGAGAACUCGAGCCUUACCACCGCGCUAGGGGAGAAGGACGCAACGAUCGCGCAGGUGCAGCAAGGCCUUCGCGACAGCGAGGAGAAACGAAGGAGCCAGGCUGACGAGAUCUCCGGCCUCAUUCUUGCCAUGGCCGAGCGCGCUGUGCUGAACAGGCGUCAGGCCGAUGCGAUAUCCAAGCUGCAGGAGAAGCUAGCUAACCAGGAGCGGGAGUCCCUAGCCACGAAGGAGGAGUUAGAUAGGAUGCGACAGGAGAAGGAGGCGCAGGACCGAGAAGUGCAGGCGCUGUACGAGCGAGAGCGGGAGUCGCAGGCGAGGGCGAUGAAGCAGAGACUCGCCUCCUCUGACGUUCGCAUGCCGAGACGGUCUGACACGGACCCCAACAUCCAGAGUCGCCCUCCGGUGAGGCGUAUGGACUCCGAGGCGAGGAGGAGGGAGGUUACGGAGCAGUUCGCCGAUGGGAUGUCGAACACGGUGGGGAGGAUCGCGAGUUGGUGGAUGGCGAGUGCCAGCAACAACAACAACAGGCGGUAA